GCCCCAACUCUCUGACGCCGGUUGCCUUGUUACGCGGCCUCGGCUCUCAACGGAGCGGCCGGGGGCUCGGUUUGCAUCAGGGUGGGCUGGGGCUGGGUCGUCUCUUCUCUAGGCGGGAGAAGAGCUCGGCAUGAAUAAGUCGGAGAUGGCGGACGAAGCUCUCUUUCUCUUGUUGCACAACGAAAUGGUGUCCGGGCUUUACCGCGCCGCCGAGCAAGGCGAUGGGGAAAAUGGACGUUGUAUUACAAAAUUGGAAAACAUGGGAUUUAGAGUAGGACAAGGAUUAAUAGAAAGGUUCACAAAAGAUACUGCCCGAUUCAAAGAUGAAUUAGAUAUAAUGAAGUUUAUUUGCAAAGAUUUUUGGACUACUGUAUUCAAAAAACAAAUUGAUAAUCUCAGGACUAAUCAUCAGGGUAUCUAUGUACUUCAGGAUAACAAAUUUCGUCUAUUGACUCAAAUGUCUGCAGGAAAGCAAUAUUUGGAACAUGCCCCUAAGUAUUUGGCAUUUACAUGUGGACUAAUUAGAGGUGCUUUAUCAAAUUUGGGAAUAAAGAGUAUUGUAACAGCUGAAGUUUCAACAAUGCCUGCAUGUAAAUUUCAGGUGAUGAUACAGAAGAUGUAAAUAUAAAAUUCAUUCUGUUGCUCUGUAAAAUGGCAAAAUGAACUGUAUUUUAUUUAUAAAGCACAUGAAGCUAUUUUUUAUUGUAUUAUUUGUCAAAUACAUUUUUUCCAGAAGUG